AUGAAUCCAGAGGUCACAGCGGUGCUGGUAGCAAAGUUCCCCAGUGUAUCUGCAUCCACCAUCCAAUCUUUGGGCAGCCAGUGUGUGGGCCUGACUGUGGGCCAGAUAAGCUCCACCCCCUCCAGUGUGAUAAACAGUGCUCUGUCUACACUCAGUAACAUCAGUGGCUGGGACCAGGGCCAAGUGAAUGCCCUGAUCCAGAGCAUCAUUAGUGCAGGCUUUAAUAUCAGCAGUGCCUCCUCUCUGGAGUCCCUGGGAACACUCAUCGGCGGCGUUCCCUCUGCAACCAUCACCAUCAUCCCAUCGUCUCAGCUUCUGUCUUUAUCGCAGAAUCCAACAUUCAUCAAUAACAUUCUGUCAGCACCAGUUAUUCUGCAAAAGACAUUUGUCCAGAAGGUAAUCUCUGUAGACCAAACUGAAGUGCUACAGAAUGUUCCGGAUGCACUCGUGAUGUAUAUUCCACUUGUUCUACUGACCUCACUGAGCUCUUUUGACGUUUCACUCAUCAAUAACAAGAGCUGGAGUCAUGAACAGGCUAUGAUGUUGUUUGGUGCAGUGGCCAAUGCCAGUGAUAAUCCAGAAGAUCUGUCAGCAUCAAUACUGCAGGGAUUCUCCUGCAGCUCAGUUCAGACUCUCCCACAGCAGAAAGCCAAAGAUCUAGUGAAAGCCUGUAGACCUCGUGCAGGCAGAGACAAGGUCCUCCUGAAAGAGGCUCAGCUGACCUGCAUGUACAGCUACGUGAAAGACGAUCCAUUUGUUAGCUUUACUGACGUCCCCUCUGAUAUGCUUCUGUACUACAGGUGUGUAACACGUUCACAUACACAAUGUACCGUAUAUAAAAGAUAAGGCACACUUCCCCUGCAUUCCCAAUUUUCAAAUAUCUGAGGUUAAGAAUAUGGGUCAUAUGCUAUCUGUAAUGUGUGUGUGUGUGUGUUGUAGCUAUGAGAAGAUACAGAAGGAGAAC